AAGUUGAAAACCCAUCUACAAAUCUCAAAGCAGCACAUCCCCUCGAUUUCCCUCCCUUCAAUACCCAAUCUCAAUGGAACAACCACCACCACAACAACAAACCCCCACUCCCACUCCCACUCCCACCACUACCACCGCCACCGCCACUGACUCCUCCGCCGCCACAACCACCACAACAACCGCCACCACAUCAUUUCAACCAUCUGACUCUCCGCCACUAUCAACUCCACAACAACCCCCACCACAGCCACCCUCUUCAACUCCAACCCCUUCACCUAUCCCUCCCUCCCCUAACCCUAACCCUAAUCCUAACCCUACUCUCACUCCCACCCAAAACGCUAAGCCCUCUAUACCAAACCCUUCACAACCGCAACCUAGGCCUCUCUCUUCGUUUGCCAGACCACCACAACCGCCGCCGCCACAACAGCAGCAGCCACACUUUUCGCACUUCUCUUCGCUCCCUUCUUCGUCUUCUCCGGCCGGGUCUCCCUCCAUCCCCGCCCAGAGAGGCGGCAUUGCUAUCGGUGUUCCCGCGCACCACCCGAACACUGCCGCUUCUCCUCAACCCGCACCCUUCUCUUCCUCCUUCGGUCACCACUUCACUGGCCUGGCCCGCUCCGCCGUCAACGUGCCCGAAUCCGUCUCUAGUUCCAAUGCUUCUCAGGCUAGACCAACGAUGCAAGGAAUGCCGGGAAUUGGGAUGCUGGGAUCGCUUGGUUCAAGCUCGCAACUGCGGCCAGCUGGGAUUUCAGCACACCAUCCACCGAGACCAGUUCAGUCAUCUCUUAGACCGCAAUCGUCCCCAAAUAACCAGCCCCCUACUUCCCAAAAUCUUCAAGGGCAUAGCCUUAUGAGACUCCAACCAGUGGGAUCUCCUGGUUCUCCAUCACCAAAUACCUCACAAAAUAUGCAAACUGUUAAUCAGCCAUGGCUGUCAUCUGGAUCACAAGGGAAGCCUCCUUUACCAUCUCCUUCAAAUAGGCAUCAGGUCAAUUCACAAAUGCAGCAACGAGCACAUCUUCCUCAACAACAGCAUCAUCCAUUGCCAACAGGUUCACAGCAACAACAUAUGCCAUCUUUGCAACAGCAACAGCAACAGCCUACACCAUCAAGUCAGUUGCAGGAGCAUUAUGGGCAACAAUUUCCACCAUCAAGGGUCCCGCAAGCUGUAACCCAUCAACCACAAAUAACAAGGGUCCAGGGCUCAGGAAAUCAGAAGCCUUCCUCUCUUGCAAUGGUGCAGCCUAACACAGUCCAGGCUGUGGCCCAGAAUAGAACAGCUAUUGCGGAAAGUGAUGAAUCUUGUAACAGGAUUCUUGGCAAAAGAAGCAUUCAUGAGCUAGUCAGCCAGAUUGAUUCAUCAGAGAAGUUGGAUCCUGAAGUUGAAGACAUUCUUGUUGAUAUUGCAGAGGAUUUUGUUGAUUCUAUUACAACAUUUGGUUGCUCGUUGGCCAAGCAUCGGAAAUCAACAACAUUGGAAGCAAAAGACAUACUUUUACAUCUUGAAAGAAACUGGAAUAUUACACUUCCUGGUUUUGGUGGUGAUGAGAUUAAGAGCUACAGAAAACCGCUUACAAAUGAUAUUCACAAGGAACGUCUUGUAGCAAUAAAGAAAUCAAUGGUAGCAACUGAGACAGCAACCAAAAUUUCUUCUGGACAAGCUGCUGGAAAUGCAAAGGGUAAUCUGGCCAAGGCACCUGCCAAUCCAUUGGCUCCCCAAAUGUAAAAAGUGCAUGAAGCAUUUAUUGAUACUGCUGGACAUGAGAACUGUUCUGAUAAAGAAGUUCACUUUGUGCAGGCCAAACUUUGCAAAGAGAAGGCAAUGUUACAGUGGAAUGGAUCCAAGAUUUAUUGCCUACCUUGGUGGACAUCCAUAUUUAUGAAUCUUCUUUAUGUUGAUCUCCGAGGCCACCAAUGACCAAGGAUGAAAAGUUUUGUUUUACUAAUUAAUAUUCAUGCCCCCAAUGCUAUUGUGCCACCAACUUGUUGAAAUAGCAGCUGCAAGUUUGAUGGGACUGGUAGGUAACUACUUUUUGAGCUCUUAUGUUGGAGUUGUUGCCUGCUAUAAAUUGGCACCGUUGCAAGCAAUCAUGGGAAGCAACAGAUGUUUUAUA